GAAACAAAUUUUCAAGUAAUUAUUAGCAUUACAAGUUGCCGUUUAAGUUCUCCUGAUCACUGUUUUUAUGUAUUAAACAAUAUUCUUUAAACGAAAGUAAUACGAUGUAACUAAAUUACGAAUACAUAAAUCACUGUAGGAGAGAUACAAACAAUAAAUCGAAUAAUCAAUUGUAAAUUAGACUGUUAUUGAGAUGAAAGCAUUCGAACCCUUGCAUUCAACCAAAAAUUUAGGUUAGACGUAUCAGUGGAACGUGUCGAAGAUAACACGGUGCAAUUCGGGAUUAUUAACUAGCACAGAUUUCAAAUAAGUGAGAACGAAACAAUUGCUGGAUAUUGUAUUUGACUGUAAUAAUAUUUCGUAUAGGCUAGAUCAUAUUCCCGCGUGUCGACAUGGUGCAUAUCAUUGCAAUUCUAUCCGCGAUACCUAGGUUAUCUUACCAUCUUCGAAUGCAACUUCCAAACUUAACGAUAUUUGACGUUGCGCCAGAUAAAAGUGAUACGUUAUCGAAAUUAAAAGACGCGGAUAUAAUAGUCACCGAUUGUGACUUGUUCUUACCAUAUCUGGACAAAUUGCAAUCUUUGAAAUGGGUCCAAACUACAUGGGCUGGUGUUGAAGGCUUAAUUCCAAACUUAAAUGAUAAGAAUGUUAACUAUGUUGUUACACGUUUCUCUGAUAACACUUUCGGCUUUGCUAUGGCUGAAUACGUUGUGGCUCAUAUUUUUAACUUUGAACGUAAUCAGAAACAGCAAUACGAGAAUCAGAAGAAUAGUCAAUGGGAAAGAGACGGAGAGAUUUCUAACCACAGAUUGAUUUGUGAUCUAUCUGUGGGCAUUCUAGGCUUGGGAAAC